AUGAAGCAUGAGCAGCCUGUGGGACCGGAUGGACAACAAGUGGGCGAUCCACAGGUCACCCAGUUCACCACCUAUGUCCCGUAUACCCACGUUAAACUGGCUGACUUGGGGAGACAGUUCAGGCAGAAACACGGAGAGACCUUGGCAGCUUGGCUGUUGCGGUUAUGGGACCUAGGGAUAGAUAGUGUGAUGUGGUCUGGAUUCUGGUUUCAGCUCUGGAAGGGCACUGAAGCGUGCUAUACCCUAAUAGAAAAGCAGUUAGCAGCUGUGUAUUCUGCCUUGACAGCCACGGAAGCUAUCACAGGAACUGCCAAGGUCCUGGUAAUAAGCUUAUUCAUUUUGGUGGUAAUUAUAGGAGAGUUCCAAAUUUUUUCAAGUGCCUCCUCUCCAGUCAAUUGCCAGUGGGGUACCUAUGGCCCUUGGUCAGAAUGCAAUGGCUGUACCAAGACUCAGACUCACAUGCGGUCAGUUGCUGUUUACGGGCAGUAUGGGGGCCAACCUUGUACUGGAAGUGCUUUUGAAACACAGUCAUGUGAACCUGUAAGAGGAUGUCCAGCAGAAGAGGGGUGUGGAGAACGUUUCAGGUGUUUUUCAGGUCAGUGCAUCAGCAAAUCGUUGGUGUGCAAUGGGGAUUCUGACUGUGAAGAAGAUAGCGCUGAUGAAGACAGAUGUGAGAACUCAGAAAGCAGACCUACCUGUGACAUUGAUAAACCUCCUCCCAACAUAGAACUUACUGGAAACGGUUACAACGCACUCACUGGCCAGUUUAGGAACAAAGUCAUCAACACCAAAAGUUUUGGUGGUCAGUGCAGAAAGGUAUUUAGUGGGGAUGGAAGAGAUUUCUACAGACUCAGUGGAAACGUCCUCUCCUAUACAUUUCAGGUGAAAGUAAAUAAUGAUUUUAAUUAUGAAUUUUACAACAGUAGUUGGUCUUAUGUAAAACGUAUGUCGACAGAACAUGCAUCAUCUAGUAGGAAGUGCUCCUUCUUCACGUCUGCGCCCUCUUUUUCGCAUCAGUAUACUUCAAGUGCCAAUGAAAUCCAUAAGGAAAAGAGUUAUCAAUUGUUGGUUAUUCAGAAUGCUGUUGAAGUGGCUCAGUUCAUCAAUAACAACCCAGAAUUUUUACAUCUUGCUGAGCCAUUUUGGAAGGAACUCUCCCACCUUCCCUCUCUGUAUGACUAUAGUGCCUACCGAAGACUAAUCGACCAGUACGGGACGCAUUAUCUGCAGUCUGGGUCUUUAGGAGGAGAAUACAUAGUUCUAUUUCACGUGGACGCAGAAAAAUUCAAACAAAGUGGUCUGGGUUCAGAGAAGAAAUGUAUUUCCUCAGAUUUCCAUUUCAUCUUUACAUUAUCAAAGAAGAAAUGCAAGAAUCUGGAAGAGGCUUUAAAAUUGGCUUCAGGGACCCAGAACAAUGUGUUGCGAGGGCACCCAUUUGUCAGAGGGGGAAGUUCAGGCUUCAUAUCUAACCUUAGUUUCGUAGAGCUGGACAAUCCUGCUGGAAACAAAAGGCGAUAUUCUGCCUGGGCAGAAUCUGUGACUAACCUUCCCCAAGUCAUAAAACAAAAGCUGACACCUUUAUAUGAGCUGGUAAAGGAAGUACCUUGUGCCUCUGUGAAAAGACUAUACCUGAAACGAGCUCUUGAGGAGUAUCUGGAUGAAUACGACCCUUGCCACUGCCAGCCUUGCCAAAACGGUGGCCUGGCCACUGUUGACGGGACCCAGUGUCAGUGCCAUUGCAAACCAUACACAUUUGGUGCAGCAUGUGAACAAGGAAUGCUUGCAGGAGAGCAAGCAGGAGGGGUUGAUGGACAUUGGAGUUGCUGGUCGUCUUGGAGCCCAUGUAUUCAAGGGAAGAAAACAAGGAGCCGAGAAUGCAAUAACCCACCUCCCAGUGGGGGUGGCAAAUCCUGCGUUGGAGAAACAAUAGAAAGCAGGCAAUGCGAAGAUGAGGAGCUGGAGCAUUUGCGAUUGAUUGAACCACAUUGCUUUCCUUUGUCUUUGGUUCCAACAGAAUUCUGUCCAUCACCUCCUGUCCUGAAAGAUGGAUUUGUUCAAGAUGAAGGUGCCAUGUUUCCUGUUGGGAAAAAUAUAGUAUACACUUGCAGUGAAGGAUAUUCUCUUAUUGGAGACCCUGUUGCCAGAUGUGGAGAAGACUUACGGUGGCUUGUUGGGGAAAUGCAGUGUCAGAAAAUUGCCUGUGUUCUACCUGUACUGACGGAUGGCAUACAGAGUCAUCCCCACAAACCUUUCUACACAGUUGGUGAGAAGGUGACCUUUUCCUGUUCAGGUGACAUGUCCUUAGAAGGUCCUUCAGCAUUUCUCUGUGGCUCCAGCCUUAAGUGGGAUCCUGAGAUGAAGAAUGUCCAAUGUGUGCAAAAAGACACCCCUUUAACACAGGCAGUGCCUAAAUGUCAGCAUUGGGAGAAACUGCAGAAUUCAAGAUGUGUUUGUAAAAUGCCUUAUGAAUGCGGAUCUUCCUUGGAUGUAUGUGCUCAAGAUGAGAGAAGCAAAAGGAUACUGACUCUGACAGUUUGCAAGAUGAAUGUUCUCCGCUGUCAGGGUAGAAAUUAUACUCUCACUGGGAGGGACAGCUGCAGUCUGCCUGCUCCAGCUGAGAAAACUUGUGGCGCGUGUCCACGAUGGGAAAAAUGUGAUGCCCAGAGCAGCAAAUGUGUCUGCCGAGAAGCAUCGGAGUGCGAGGACGAAGGGUUUAGCAUCUGCGUGGAAGUGAACGGCAGGGAGCAGACCGUGUCCGAGUGCGCGGCGGGCGCCCUGAGAUGCGGGGGACGGGGGGUCUCCAUCACCAGCACCAGGCCCUGCGAUGCGGAGCCCCCGUAG